AUGAUCUCCAAAGCUUCUUCAUCUACCACCACCAAUUCAUCGAUUCCUUCGUGUUCUAGGAUUGGAGGUCAGCUUUGUGUGUGGCCUGGUUUGAGACAACUUUGCCUCAGGAAAAGCUUAUUAUACGGAGUAAUGUGGUUAUUAUCCAUGCCACUGAAAACAUUGCGUGGAGCCAGAAAAACUCUUAAAAUUACCCACUUUUGUAGCAUUUCCAACAUGCCCUCUUCGUUAAAAAUCGAACUGGUGCCAUGCAAUAACGAAAACUAUGCUUACCUGUUGCACGAUGAAGACACCGGCACAGUUGGUGUCGUUGAUCCUUCUGAGGCUGGACCUGUUAUAGAUGCAUUGAGCAGGAAAAAUUGGAAUUUAACUUACAUAUUGAAUACCCAUCAUCAUGAUGAUCACAUUGGGGGGAAUGCUGAAUUGAAAGAAAGGUAUGGCGCAAAGGUGAUUGGAUCAGCUGCGGAUAAGGAUCGGAUUCCUGGAAUUGACAUACUUCUGAAAGAUAGUGAUAAGUGGAUGUUUGCUGGCCAUGAGGUUCGAAUAAUCGACACUCCUGGCCACACACAAGGCCAUAUUAGCUUCUACUUUCCUGGGUCAGCUACAAUAUUCACAGGAGAUCUGAUAUAUAGCUUAUCCUGUGGUACCCUCUCAGAAGGUACCCCUGAGCAGAUGCUUUCAUCACUCCAAAAGAUCGUGUCUUUACCAGAUGAUACAAAUAUAUACUGUGGUCGCGAAAACACAGCAGGAAAUCUCAAGUUUGCUCUAUCUGUAGAACCAAAGAAUGAAACUCUUCAGUCCUAUGCAACCCGAGUCGCCCAUCUUCGCAGCCAGGGACUUCCUUCGAUUCCAACGACUGUUAAGGUCGAGAAGGCAUGUAACCCGUUCCUCAGAUUAUCGAGCAAGGAAAUCCGCAAAUCUCUUAGCAUUCCAGACUCGGCAAACGAAGCUGAGGCACUGGGUCGUAUACACAGAGCCAGAGAUCGUUUCUAG